AUGGGCGCCUUUCAAGGCCUCCAACAACCCGAAAUGAGCCGUAAAAUGGGCCGCCUCAUCAAAACUGAAGGCGACGUCAUCGGCGCCUAUGAAGCCGCCGGCCGCGAGCGCAUCUCCGUCGCCUCCCAGCUCUCCGAAUGGGGCGAGUCGACCGAGGACAACGCCGUCUCGGACAUCUCGGAUAAGCUGGGUGUGUUGCUGGCGGAGCUGGGCGAGCAGGAAGAUGUGUAUGCGCAGAAUAUGGAGGAUUAUCGGGCGUUGUUGAAGCAGAUUAGGAAUAUUGAGGCGAGUGUGCAGCCGACGAGGGAGGGUCGGGCUAAGGUGGCGGAUGAGAUUCAGCGGUUGAAGUUGAGAGAUCCAACGAGUGCGAAGUUGGAGACGCUGGAACAGGAGUUGGUUAGGGCUGAGGCGCAUAAUUUGGUUGCGGAGGCGCAGUUGACCAAUGUGACCCGGCAAAAAAUGAAAGAAGCGUACGACAUCCACCUGGCCGCCGUCAUCGAGAAAGGAGAGAAGCAGAUCCUCCUGGCUCGCCAUGCUAAGCGUCUGCUCAACUACCUCGACGAUAGCCCCGUUGUCCCCGGUGACCAGCGCGCUGCGUACGAACACACCGAAGACACCAAGCACGUCCUCGAGGAAGCCGAAAACAACCUGCGUACGUGGGAGAGAACGGACGAACCAGUUCACACUUCGGCCGGCGAGACCUCGACCAACCUCCUGCCUACAAACCCCGGCAGAACUGAAAGUGCUAACGGCGUCGCUGACGGUUCUGAUGACGCGGAGUCAGUCAAGGCUGUCAAUGGUCUUGAGAAGCCGAAUAUUCCGCACGCUUCUGGCGCCAUUGACACUCAGCAGCCAGUGGCUGUUCCGUAUUAA